GUAGUAGUGCUUGCUCUGUAGCUGUAAAUACCUUAUAAAUAUAAGCAGGGCAUUUUCCUUAUGAAUAAUAGCGUACAAUUUUAAAAAUUUUUAGAAGAAAGGUUAUACUUGUAAUUAUGGGAUCCUUGGCACUUGCCUUCGGGCUCUUUCUAUUAAUGUCUAGUGCCCGUUCGGAUGAGGCUCCUAAAGGCCCAAAAGUAACUCAUAAGGUGCAUUUUGAUAUUUCAAUUGGAGAUGAUCCAAUCGGUACAGUUACCAUUGGACUGUUUGGGAACACAGUACCAAAAACAGCAGAUAACUUCUACCAGUUAGCCCAGAAGCCUAAAGGUGAAGGAUAUAAAGGCAGCAAAUUCCAUAGAGUUAUUGAUAACUUCAUGAUUCAAGGAGGUGAUUUCACUAAAGGCGAUGGCACUGGAGGUCGCAGUAUUUAUGGAGAACGCUUUGAAGAUGAAAACUUCAAACUCCGUCAUUAUGGAGCUGGUUGGUUAUCUAUGGCUAAUGCUGGAAAAGAUACCAAUGGUUCUCAAUUCUUCAUAACUACAACCAAGACACCUUGGCUUGAUGGUAGACAUGUUGUCUUUGGAAAAGUUUUAGAAGGAAUGGAUGUGGUGCGUAAAAUUGAAAAGACUGUAACUGGAUCAAAUGAUCGCCCUGUCAAGGAUGUUGUGAUCACUGAAACUCGCACAGAAGUGGUUUCAGAACCUUUUAGUGUCACAAAAGAUAGUGCUCAAUAACAUAGAUAAUAUGUGACAUAUAAUAUUAAGAUAUCUUCAUAGUAAUUUGGUAAUUUCAGAUACAUGUUUAAUGCAUUUCAAGACAAUUUUAAUUUUCCUAAUAUUUAGUAAGCAAAUAUUUUACAGGUGUAUAUUUUGAGAUUAAAAACAUUUCUAUUUUUAAGAUAUUAUAACUCUUUUUCUGUAAAAUAAAUAUGUGU